AGUAGGCAGCAUUCUUACAGCAACUUUAUAAAAUAAGUCGUAUUACUUUUACAAUAAGCAAAAUACAGCGUCCAAAUUUAGUUUGUUCUUUAGAUUUAUUGCAAUAAGUUAUUAACAGUCGCCGGAUCGUUAAAUUGGAAUAUGAUCGGCACACUACUUUCACGUCUCAUGAUACUGAGCUUCGGCACCUUGUAUCCAGGAUAUGCUUCCUACAAGGCCAUUCGUGCAAAAGAUGUGAAUGAGUGUACAAAGUGGUUGAAGUACUGGAUUACUUUUGCAGGAUUCACAUGCAUCGAGAUCAUAACAGAUAGGAUUCUCUUUUGGUUUCCACUCUACUACGAAAUUAAAGUGAUCCUUGUCUUGAACCUGACUUCGCCAACCAUAGAAGGCAGCUCCGCAUUGUACUCGAAGCUGGUUCAACCCAUGCUAGAACUCCACGAAGACGAGAUCGAUGAGUACAUAAGUCAUGCUCAUGCAAUAGUGUAUUCCACAUUCCGGGAGUUGAGCACCAAGGGUGCCAGCUAUGCCUUUGAUGCUAUCAUGCAGUGUGGCACAAAGAUCAUUCAUCUGGCAGCACAUUCUCAUCGUGACCGCAAAUUAAACUCCCCUAACCAACUUCAAGAAAACUCUUUGCGUUCCAGUUCACUGAAAGGCAUGAAAGCCUUCUACAACGAGUUAAUGAUCAUAGCGGAGCUAACUGGAGACGAUGUCGCAGAAGACCCACAAUCAUAUUACCAAAAUAAAGAGUUCAGGAUGUCAGGUCAUGAUCUGGCAAAGCUAGCUGAGGCACUGAAACAAACCAAAAAGAUUUUACGCCACAUCGAACUAAUCUUGCCACGUUCUUACUCCACCAGCAGCAUUGAUGCAAGCAGUUCCAGGAGCAGUGUCAUAAACGUGCGCAAUCAACAACUGACCGAUAAGAAAUCAAAACGCCCAACUGGCAGAGGAGUCUGUGAAGAGGAGAAAGCCAACCAGAUCGACUACGACCUCAAAAGCUUCUUCUUUAAAAAUUAGGCUAUACGAUGUGGCACCCAAAAAAGCUAAAAAGGAAUCCUCAAAAAACACUAGUGCCAAUCCAAUGUGAAUGUCAAAAGACCAAUUCACAAAAAAAAAACAAUAAUUUUAGUAAAAUCGUUUUAUACAUUUAUGUUUUACUGCACUCAAAAUGUUAUCAAAUAUUUGUAUUGUUUAUACGCAUAAGAGAUUAUAAACCAAAAAAUCCUUCA